AUGUCUUGGAGCAGGUGUAGCAUCAAUGGCAACAAGUCAAUGCCUGUGAGGUGUGCACAUUCAUCUGUCACAAUAGCUUCAACAAACUCUAUAUAUACAUUCGGUGGAUGGGAUGGUGCACAGGUGUUGGAGGAUUUGAUCAGAUUCGAUAUAGACACAUCAUCAUGGGACUUCCCUCUACCUGUCAAUGGCAAGAAGCCAUCAAAGAGAGCAGGUCACAGCUGUACCAGACUAUCAAACGACACAAGCUUUAUCAUCUUUGGUGGAUCAGAUGGUGAACACUACAACUCUGAUGUCUACCUCUUUGACAUUGAUAAGAUGCAAUGGAGUGAGAUACAGACAACUGGAACGAUACCACAGUCUAGGUCUAGACAUAGUGCCACACUGGUACAGGGACAGAACAAAGUAUAUAUAUUUGGAGGAUCAGAUGGCCAUGGCAUAUCAAACUCACUCUAUGUACUGGAUGUCCUGACGUGGAAGUGGUCCAUUCCCAACUGUAUCGGUGAUCCACCACCCGCGACAUGGGGACACACUUCCUUCCUCUACAACAACUGUCUAUACUUCUAUGGUGGAUGCUUGGGCGACUCAAUGUCUGGCAACAUGAACAUCCUUAACCUAUCCAAUCAUGAAUGGAAAGUGAAUGUAAAGGUUGAUGUCGAGGCUGGUGGAGUAGCACCUGUGAGCAGAGCAGGCCACUCGUGCACAUUGUAUAAAGACAGAGCGAUUGUGUUUGGUGGCGCCACAGACAAUGAUAAGAUACUCAAUGAUACGUUUGUCUUGGACAUUGAGGCAAUGUCAUGGAAGAAGUUCUCUGGCGACAAUACACCGACGUUACGAUGCGCUCACACUGUCGAGCAUGUAAAUAAUAGGUUCUACAUAUUCGGAGGCAGCGAUGGCAAGCACUACUUCAAGGACAUAUCGAUACUGGACGCCGACAAGGUCAUUGCCAAGAUUGAACAGGCACCCAAGAAGAGAGUGCGACUAAGACCCAUCAAGAACUCGAAUGAUCCUGCUCCAUUGACCUCAUCAUCAGACAACACAACGACUUUGACAUCAUCGACAACUACUACUACUACAUCCAAUACAAAGACAUCACCUUCCAACUCCUCAACAACAUCCAACAACAAUGUAUCUUCGUCCGCCAAGCAUGCCAACACUGCAGUCACCAACUCCACGCCAUCGCCAGCAUCAAGUACCAAUGGUGUUGGUCAUAAUGAACCGUAUCAACCUCCAUCAUCAAGAGGCAACACCAACAAUUCAUUGAACAAUAGCAACAACAAGGUCAACAACAGCAACAACAACAACAACAAUCAUGCACCAGCCCCUCCACAGCCACCAUUAUCAAAGAGUCAAACCAGUCUAAAGAUCAUUCCUCCAUCGCCACCCAUUCGCUCAACUCCUCCUCCUCCACAACCAAUGCCAUCCAAGUUGAAGAAAGCUGCAACUCCAUCCCCUACAGCUGCCCCAAUCAUCAUUGAACCAAGGAUCCAGAAGCCAAAGCAGAUCAUUGAAUGGCUACAAAGUAUCAACUUGUCAAAGUAUGAGAGCAACUUUAUUCAGAAUGGAAUCACUCUUGAUAUCUUGGACUACCUGACAGAGCAACACCUGAUUGAUGACCUCAAGAUUCCAACAUUGGGCGCUCGUCUAAAGAUACUCAACUGCAUUCAGCUGGAGAAGGCCAAACAGCUGGCCAAACACAAAGAGAGAGAUGAGAAGGAGGUACUGAGGGAAUCGAUCGAGAGUCUCAAGGUGAUGGCCGACUCGCUCUCAGCCUCUGUCCAAACACUCAGCAUGUCAUUGAAGCCGACGCCAACCCAUACCUCCUAUCAGAACGGACACACCAGUCCCAAUCUGAUGGGAAUGAACAAUGGACGAGGACGCAGAGGGUCCAAUGCCUUUGAGCAUCCAUUCAAAUGA